CGCGCCUCGCCACCACGCCAGUCGCCUAAGCCUCAGCCUAAGCAGUGUGCGUGGGCCACAACAACAUGAUCAUGCGGCGGACAGUCAUCCCAAGGCGCAUCUUUCGAUCCGCUGUCGCGAGCGCCAAAGAUACCCCACCACCACAACCACCACGCGUAUUUGCCGCGAACGCGUUGUACAGAGCCACGAGGCGGACAGGUCCAGGUGGUGAUGGCGUUGGACAGAAAAGUCGUAAGUCGCUAUUUCUUCUUCGUCUUAUUUUUCUGCAUGAGGUCAUCAAAACCCUCAUACUUCUUCAUCUCCGGAAACCCCUCAUUGAGGGCUUCAGGUGCAAAAGAGCACCAAGCCCAUCCACCAAACUGCUCCAAUGGCCCCCCAAGCUCGAAGCAAACCAAGGCAGUCCUAUAGUCUCAUGUGCGGCAGAGGUCAGGUCGGCAUAUGCCAUGCUUGCUAUUAUUAUGUGUCAGAUCUGAAUGCCGGCAGCCUCUCAUGCUCAUGCUUAUGCACCCCGGCUUCGCGUGCAUUCUGCAUUCUGCAUUCUGCACCUGGCUACACUGGGAAUAGAAGAAGAGCAUGCUGAUAAUUGCUACUUUUGCUGCGAUUUCUCGACUUGACUGGUGACACGGCACGUCAUGGAUCUACCCGUUGACUCAUAGGCAAAAGAAAUACUAUCCCAACUGGGUUAUUUGGUCUCACCUCAAGUGAGAGGAGCUUCCAGAAGGAAUUAUAUGAACAACCUUGGAAGAUUUGAAAGGUAGUCACGUGCAUCCAUGUCUUGAUUCAGGCUAUUGUGAAGACUCCUGGAAUUUCAAUCUCGAACACUUUUGAAGAUGGGAUAGGACUAAUACGUAUACAGACGAAACCCCAAUUUCCCCCAGGAAUCCCUCAGAAAGACCGUCUGGGAACGGAAAUUCAAGAGACCCAUCUCAAGAUGACCAACAAAGUAUCUCUUCUAAAAUGCUGGAAGCAGCCGCGACGGCCUUUGCUUCCAUAGUUGUCUUAGGCACGGGUUUUGCCGCAGGUGGGUACAUGUAUCACAAAUUCUACAAGUGGAUGGUCCUUCAAAAAAUGGAGGGGGCAUUUAGACCCGGUGAUCCAGUUUUGGAAUUAGCUGCUAUUGGAAAGCAGAUGCCCAAUAGCAUUUCUUCAAGUAGAGGACAAGAUGAGAAUGAUGAUCACUGGAUUCAUCGUGAUGAGCAAGAGAAGAUUGAUGGGAUUGUUGAUGGGUCGAUACGAGGACAUUACCAUCUUCUGAUUGGCGAGAAGGGAACGGGGAAAUCGAGUAUGCUUCUCGAUGCCAUGAAGAAGGUUGACGGAGAGGGAAUUAGUAUGUUCGAGGCCCAUGCUGAUCUUGAAAUCUUCCGGAUCCGUCUGGGAAAAGCUCUUGAUUUUGAGUUCCAUGAGGAUUAUAUUGGUUCCUAUUUCUCGGAACGGGGACCAAGAGAAUCAACUGCAUUACUAGACAUAGAAAGAGCCUUUAACAAACUCGAGAAAAUCGCCCUGAAACGAAGGAAGAACGUCGGUCGUCCCCUUAUAAUAAUCAUCAACUCUAUCCAUCUCCUCCGCGACGACGAAGACGGCCGAGACCUUCUCGAACUCCUCCAACAGCGUGCCGAACAAUGGGCCGCCAGCAAUCUCGUAACCAUGGUCUUCAACUCGGACGACUUCUGGGUCUACGAACGUCUCAAGGUGCUAGCUACACGUAUGGAAGUCACCUCCGUCACCGACUUACCUAAGACUCAAGCUAUGUCCGCACUCUCCAAGUACCGCCAGAAAUACUUCAAAGCAACGCCCACGUCCGAGAUUCUCACUGAGGUAUACGAUCGUGUCGGAGGUAGGUUGACGUUCCUUAAUCGCGUAGCGAAGUCGGAUAAUAUGCUUGAGACGUGCGAUGAGAUAAUUGAGAUGGAGAAGAGGUGGUUCCUGAACCAUUGUUGGAUCCUGGGAAUGGAAAUGGACGACGACGUGAUGGAUCAGCAGAAAUUCGCUGUAUGUCCCAUUCCUCCUCUUUUCCCCUUCCAUCAUGUAAACUAACCGCAUCCUUCAGAGCGCAGCAAUGGUUCUAGCCCUAGCCCUCGUCCGCGCUGAAGAAGAAGAAUCCCAAUCCCCAACCGAACCCUCAACCCCAUCCAAUUGCUUCACAUCCACACCCUCCAUCCCCCACGACGACAAGUCACCCCAAAUCCCGCAGAUCGCCCUCCACAAAGCGCGUCAGAUCAUGACCCGCGCAGACUUCAUCCGCCAAUACGACCACGUGAAUCUCUUUACCAUCACUUCUUCCGCCUUCGUACGCGCGGAUUCGGUGCCGAUGCAACGCGCUUUCCGGGAGAUUUGUAGUGAAGAAGGCUUCGAGACGUUCCUGGAGCAGACUUUGAAGCGGAUUGCGGAUAUUGAGUCCCUGGGCAGAACGAGGGAGAUUGUUGCGAAGGAUUUGGUGCUGGGUGGGAAGUAUGUUAUUGAUGGACUAGGUGGGAAGCAAGGUCUUGGAUGGGGUGGGGAACGGGGUGGGAAGGGGGUGCAGGUUAAGCUUGUUGAGAAGGAGGGGGGAGAUGNGAAGUAUGUUAUUGAUGGACUAGGUGGGAAGCAAGGUCUUGGAUGGGGUGGGGAACGGGGUGGGAAGGGGGUGCAGGUUAAGCUUGUUGAGAAGGAGGGGGGAGAUGGGGAUGAGAAGGGUGGUGAUGGGGAUAAAUGA